AUGUUUACUCUCAUUCAGGCAACUUUUGCUAUGAACCUCGGUGAACUGCGUUCUCCUAAGAACUUCAGAGUCUACUCCGGCUCCUCGGCCAUGCCAGAGUAUGAAGCUAUUGUGAACUCUCUCAGAGAGCAAUGUAUCGGGGAGCACGAGAGAAUUCCCGUACCCUUCGACGACUCCACGCGAAGGAUGAUAUACGCGAACACUCACUCCAUGGCUUCGGCAACUGCUCGUCAAACGAUGCGUUACCGCGAAGACGCAAGGGAGGAGAUUCGUAAAUAUUUCAAUUGUACUGCCGAAGACUCCGUCAUCUUCUGUGGUGCUGGAGCUACGGCAGCUAUCGACAGGUUCAUUGGAAUCAUGUGCCGCAGUCGAAUCUUUGCUACUGAUGCAUCUCCGAAAGGCCUCCGUCGGGCG